CAAUUAUGUGCCAUCGCAGAAUCAGCUCGACCAGAUUCCUCUGCGGACACGAUGCUCCCCACGGUGAUCAACGGAUUGACUGCGGAUCCAGUAAAUGCAGAUAUAGCUCACAUCACUACGCUAUCAACCACGAGUGCAGAAAGAGCUGCCGACAAUGGCUAAGGCCAUCGCAUAAUGUGGUUACUAAGAAAGUCGAUACUCUUUGCUAUCAUUGCAAGUUAGCCGGCGGACCACAACAUCAUUGAGCUAAACACCCAAACUUUCAGAAGGUCUGGGCGCCGGAGAAGUGUAGCUUUGUUCUUUUGCACUUUCUCUUCACUCUGUCACACCCUGAAAGCACGCCAUUAAACGUUAAAAGCUUCGACUUUGAAAUUGAACCGAUCUUAUCUAUUCACGUGACCGUAUCUUCCAUAAAAAUGUUCUGAUCUUCAAGAAAUCGACGAC